AUGCAUAUUCCCUUCUAUGCUGCUUGCCGGUCGAUGACUGCCCCCAAAGGAGGGUAUAUCCUCGUCAUUUCAAGUCAAGCGAAAGGUCCUGAUACUCAAGUCACGGUUCUCUCGAAUAGACCAACCGAAGGGUUUGAUCGAGAAGUCCAAGUCGCAAUCUGGCGAAAAUUUCCCUAUCGCAUGAAUGUCCGCGCCGCUUCGCGAUUGAACACUUCCUCGGAGAUUCACAUCGGCAAGCGUCGUAUGAGGCAUCCAGAAUUCAUGUAUAUUCAGCUCGAUGAGUCCAAAAAGCGGCAUGAAAGGUUUUGCAACGCCCUACUGAAACAAGAUCAUCACCGCCGUGUUGUAUCGAGAGCCAUGUACGUGGAUGAACUAGCCCGACAAGGAGACGCACCUGAGGUCACUCAGUUUGGCGAUGUUCAAGGCACAUGGGGCUGUGACAUCUUGAAAUGA